AGUCCAGAAUAUUCCUUCCGGCAGCUGCCCUCAUAGUUAUGGAGUGACCAAAAGAAGGGAUCAGGGUCCUUGGCCUGCCUGAGUGUUUUCUAGAGGAGGGGCUUUCUCGGCUGCCUGCAGAGGAGUCUGCAGCCUCACAGGGCUGGACGCUUCCAUUAUAAAAAUACUACCUGCUCGUUAUUUUAAACUUGGAGAAGCAGAAAGAUGGAAAAUUUAAAAAUCAACCAUUGCAUGAAACAACUAACUCUAACACUUUGAUGUAUAUAUAUUUUUAACCUACUUUUCUAAAAUAUUUAGGCUUAGUCAUUUUUAAAAAGAAUAUAGCUAUGCUCACACUAUAUCUCCAGUCCUUGUCCAGCCUUCUUUCUCUGCCUGGGUUUUAGUGUUCAUAUUGAUUACUCAAUGUUUGCAUAAACCCUGUCACCACCAUUUUUAUCGUCUGUAUAAUAUUGCAUCGAUAGACAUAGUUUAUUUAACUAUUCUCUAUUCUUUGGGGAAAAACAAAUGUUUGGCAGGGAGGCAGAAGCAAUUCCCACCAACUAUAGAAAAUUCCAUUGAGUGGGUCUCUUUGAAUCGCCAUUUUUUCUAGAUAUCAGUUUGUAAUCCAUCAACGUCAUUGUCCUAAAGCUUCAAGGAGAUGUAUCUUGAGUUUCAAUACCGCUCCGGCAGAAACUCUUCAGGGGAGCCAAACCCAGGAACCUGUCCUUGGCCAGCUGCCAACUCCAGGAACUAUAUAAGGGGAGCCCUCCGCACCCCAACAGGGAAACACCGAGACACCUCCUUCCCACCUUCUCGGUGUCACUCACUCCUCUUGAGUCACCAUGAGCAGGCAGGUCUAUGCCAUGAGGUGCCAGAGGGGAAGCUUCAGCAGUGGCUCGGCCACCCUACAGGGAGGGUGCUGGAGAAGGGCAGGGAGCUCGCUGUCGGUCCGCAAGAGCAGCGGCGGCUGCCACGGCUCUGCCCGCCCUGGAGGUUGCAGUAGUCAGAGUCUCGUCAGCCUUGGUGGGAGCAAGAGCAUCUCAGCCCGUGUAGCUGGAGUCCUGGGCCCUGCUGGCAGUCUGGGAAGCUACAGGGGUGCGUGUUUGGGGAGGGGCAGCCUCUGUGGGGUGGGCUUUGGCCUCGGAGGUGGUUUUGGAGGUCUGGGGUCUGCAGGCCCAGCAGUCUGCCCUCGGGGCAUCCAGGAAGUUGUAACCAACCAAAGCUUGUUGGAGCCUCUGGAUGUGAAGAUUGACCCUGAGGCGCAGGAGGUGAAGCAGCAGGAGCGGGAGCAGAUCAAGGAACUCAACAACAAGUUCGCCUCCUUCAUUGACGAGGUGCGGUUCCUGGAGCAGCAGAACCAGGUGCUACAGACCAAGUGGGAGCUGCUGCAGCAGCUGGAUGUCAGCAUCCGCACCCCCAGCCUGCAGCCCGUCUUGGAGGGCUAUAUCGGCAACCUCAGGAGGCAGGUGGACAAGUUCAUGGCAGAGAAGACCUGGCAGGAAGCAGAGCUGAAGACCAUCCAGGAUUCCGUGGAGGAAUACCAGAAGAAAUACAAAGCAGAAAUCAACAGCAGGACAAAUUCUGAGAAUGACUUUGUGGUGUUGAAGAAGGAUGUUGACAGUGCCUACGUGGUCAAGGUGGACCUCAGUGCCAAGGUGGAUGCCCUGCAGCAGGAGAUCGAAUUCCUGCAAGUCCUCUAUACUGCCGAGCUGGCCGAGGCGCAGCAGGCAGUCAGCACCACCAACGUGGUCCUCUCCAUGGACAACAAUCGGCACCUGGACCCGGACAGCAUCCUUUCUGAGGUCAAGGCCCAGUAUAAGGAAAUCACCCAGAGGAGCAAGGCUGAAGCAGAGGCCCUGUACCAGACCAAAUACCAGGACCUCCAGGUCAUUGCUGGGAGAAAGAGUGAUGACCUCCAAGUGAUGAAGAUGGAGGUCAGUGAGCUGAACCGAGCCAUCCAGAGACUUCAGGCAGAAAUCGCCAACCUCAAGAAACAGAGCGCCGCCCUGCAAGACGCCAUCCUACAGGCAGAGUGGAAGGGUGAGGUGGCCCUUAAAGAUGCUCAGGACAAGCUGGCUGAGGUGGAGGCCGCCCUGCAGCAGGCCAAGGGGGAGCUGGCCCGGCUGCUGCGCGACUACCAGGAGCUGCUGGGAGCCAAGCUGUCCCUGGACGUGGAGAUUGCCACCUACCACAAGCUGCUGGAGGGCGAGGAGAGCAGGCUGUCUGGAGAAGUCACCAACAGUGUGAGCUACGCUGUGAUGUCAAGCACAGUCUCUACUUCCCGUGCAACCUCUACUUCCCGUGCAACCACGUUUGGCUUCAGCUCAGGGGACAGAGCCUCCUGGAGGGGAGGCAGCGCCCUCAGAGAACCAGGUGUGGCAUCUGGGUCUGCGUCCAGGGCUGCGGGGUCUGCAGGGGCCAGUGGGAGCUCCCGAGGAUCUGGACCUCAAGUUGCGAAUUCUGGAGACAGCGAUGCUGCCGUAGGAAAUGAGGAGUCCGGUUCAACGAGAAACCAGGGCUCCAGCUUAGGGCACAGAAACCUGUAGGUCCCCCACACUCCCCAGAGGCAAAGUGGAAUCUUCCAGCCCUGAUCUCAUGGCAUCCAGCGACCCGAGCAUUUCACAUAUCUGCUCUGGCCCUACUCCCACCUGUUUAUUUUCUUUGGCAAUUUGGAGACAGGUUCCUGGGUCAAAACAAAUUUUUUUCCCCACACAUCCAAAUGUUGGGGCCCCGUAGGAAACCCUUCACAGGCCGCGUCAACGGGUCUGCAGGCCUCAGUCACCUUCUCCCCUGCCCGCCCUGCGCUCCCACAGCGCUCCCAGUCCAUGCCCUCCCCUUCUGAGGUGCAGAAGCUAAAGCUCUUCUUCUCCCUCCAUCCUGAAGUACCGGCACACACCCUUUUCCAUCAUCACACUCAACUCUCAGUUAGCCACCUUAAUGGGGGUCAGCCUUUAUACCGACAAUCUGCGACGGUUUAUCAUGAUCUUGUUUUGAUUUGAUUUUCUGAAGCCCCAUCUGAGCCAUCCUGGGGCCUCCGGACUCUGCCUCCCAUAGAUUCACAGACCCCGGUGUUCACCAAAGGAGGAGGAGACAGGAAGGUCUGUGGGGACCCGGGGGUGCAGGCAUGCCAGCCGGGCCCCACCCCUUUCGCUGAGUGGCCACUGUGGAUAUCCACCUGGAUGUAACGUGAGGGAUGGCUGAGUUCAUGUUCUCCCCUCCUCCAGGGGGGAGAGUAAAAAUAUAACAAUAACAAAUGUGUCUUAGGACCACGCUCCAGGCGGAGUCCAGUUUGAAAUAAACAUCCAGUGUGACCUGCUGGGCUAGACAGGGCGCGAACAGAGCCCUGGGCCCCAGCUGUCAGUGGAGGUCUUCUCCUGUGUUUCCUUUUAAAGAGUUGCCUGCAUUCACCUCCAUACGCUCAACCCCCUCCCCGCCAUACUUUCCAAUAAACUUCGCGGGAAAUUCAUUCUGUUUGGGAAGUCAUAAAAUAUGCGCUAAUCAGAUGAGCCCUGAGUCUGGUUCACUCCCACCGCCUCCCUGAAGCACGCGCGCAUGCGCACACACGCACACGUACGCGCUCUGUUCCCCCUACUCCAUCACCUGUGCUGACGAAGGGGCCUUGUAUCUCUAUUUAGCUUUGGAAGGAGAGCAAAAUGACCCGUACUUCCUGUCUUUAUUGGGAAAGCUCAGCUUCUGUUUUUAAAAUAGUGAACUUCAGGUCCUCAGCCUUGCUUGGCAGCCAAGCUGGGGUCAUUAUUGCCUAAUUAAGGGGUAAUGGUGUUGCUCUCAUUGUUGCUGUGAGGGUUAUUAUCAGGUAAAUGGCCAAAGGUUGUGGAGCGGGGAGCAGCAGCCUGCGGGCUCAAGUCGAGAGUUCAGCUCUGUUGCCCUCUGUUGCCUUGUCUCCUGCCGCGUCCAGAAAGCAGUUCCCAGCCUAGCAGCCGGGGGUCCAGCGGCGUUGGUUGGGAGCGAGGUCAUCAGUUACCCGGUGAGCUCUGUUCUGAGUGCUUGGAGGAGGGAAGAGGGCCAGAGACGGGACGGGCACAGCUCCUGGUUCCAGCAAGCCCUAGGCUCCUGGAGAGGAAGCACUCAUUCAACCAUCAUCUAUUGAGCACCUACUAUGUGCUAGACUGUUCUUGACACUGGUACAAGGUGACAAGACCUUUGUCCAGCAGGAAGCCAGGGGAGCGCGUGUGCAAUGGGAGUGCAGUGAUCUGAGUGCUGUCCCGGGGAAGUGCGUCAGGAACAAGGCGCCAGACUGGGAGGACGCAGACUUCCCGAUGGAGAGCCCCAGAAGCUGAAACCGCAAACCUGAGAGACGAGGAGGAGUCAGCCAGGGGGAGGGGGUGCUUUAGAUGGAGGUGCCACAUCCUCUGUGACAAGAGCCAAGCACAUCGUAGGUGGUCAAUCAAUAUAGGCUGAAUAAAGGACAGGAGGCUGACAAGA